AUGCUUACAUGUCACUAUGAACAAGACCGUAGUGCACUUAAAAAAAGGGAAUGGGAACGGAGGAAUCAAGAAGUCCAGCAAGAAGACGAUCUCUUUUCUUCAGGCUUUGAUCUUUUUGGGGAGCCCUACAAGGUAGCUGAAUAUACAAACAAAGGUGAUGCACUUGCCAACAGAGUCCAGAACACGCUGGGAAACUAUGAUGAAAUGAAGGAUUUGCUAACUAACCAUUCUAAUCAGAAUCACCUAGUGGGAAUCCCAAAGAAUUCUGUGCCCCAGACUCCCAUCAACAAAAAUGAACCAAGCUUUUUCCCAGAACAAAAGAACCAAAUGAUCCCACCUUACCAGGAUAAUACUCACCCCUCUGGACCAAUGCCUCCACCUUCUGUUGUGAUACUGAAUUCAACUCUAAUACACAGCAACAAGAAAUCAAAACCUGACUGGCCACGGGAUAGUCAUAACACUAGCAUUGUACCAGCUAGCCAGACCAGUAGUCAGCCAAACAAGAUGCAGCCAUCUACACAGGAUCAACCCCAACCUAGACUGGAAGACUACUUUGUUUACCCAGCUGAACAGCCUCAAGUUGGAGGACUUGAAGAAUCAAACCCAUCAUCAAAGGAAGGCAGUUAUCUCAAGUCCAGUGGAGGUGAUACAUUUAAAGAAAUAUUUCAAUCUAAUUCACCAGGAGCAUCUGAAUUUACAGUGCAAGUGCCUGGGUCUCCCCUACUUGCCUCCUCUUUAUUGGCUCCUAGCAGUGGCCUUUCAGUUCAAAACUUCCCAACAGGACUUUACAGCAAAACAAGCAUGGGGCAGCAAAAACCAACUGCAUAUGUGAGACCUAUGGAUGGCCAGGACCAGGCACAAGACAUAUCUCCAACACUGAAACCUUCUAUUGAAUUUGAGAACAGUUUUGGGAAUCUGUCAUUUGGAUCCCUCUUGGAUGGAAAACCAAGUACAGCCAGUUCAAAGACUAAACUGCCAAAGUUCACAAUUCUCCAAACAAGUGAAGUAAGCCUUCCCAGUGAUCCAAGCUGUGUUGAAGAAAUCUUGAGGGAGAUGACACAUCCCUGGCCUAUUCCUCUUAUUGCCAUGCAUACCCCUUAAAACUUUGAGCAGAACACAUUUUCCAUCCCAGGGCAGGAAUCUCAACAUCUGACUCCAGGAUUUACCUUACAAAAGUGGAAUGACCCAACCAGCAGAGCUUCUACAAAGUCAGUAUCGCUCAAGUCGAUGCUUGAGGAUGACCUGAAGCUUAGCAGUGAUGAAGAUGACCUUGAGCCUGUGAAGACCUUGACUACUCAGUGUACUGCCACUGAGCUCUACCAGGCUGUUGAAAAGGCAAAACCUAAGAAUAAUCCUGUGAACCCACCCUUGGCCAAGCCUCAGCCCCCACCUGCAGUGCAAGUCAGUGGGGGAUCCGGCAGCUCUAGUGACUCAGAGAGCAGCUCAGAGUCAGAUUCAGACACUGAAAGCAGCACCACGGACAGCGAAUUCAAUGAGGCGCCUCCUGUGGCAAGACCAGAGCCUGAGCCGCCCUCAACCAACAAGUGGCAGUUGGAUAAGUGGCUUAACAAAGUGACAUCCCAGAACAAAUCAUUUAUUUGUGGCCAAAAUGAGACACCCAUGGAGAUGAUUUCUGUGACUCCUCCAAUCAUCCAACCAAUGGAAGUCCAGGUCAAAGUGAAAACAACCCCCAACCAGAUCCUGGCAGAACCCAAAGAGAGGCCUCUCCUCAGUCUCAUCAGGGAGAAAGCCCAUCCACGGCCUACCCAGAAAACUCUAGAAACAAAGGCUUUGAAGCAUAAGUUGUCAGAAACUAUUGAGACAGCUUCUCAAAAGACAAUAGGGAAAAAACAGCCCAAAAAGGUUGAGAAGAACACUGGCAUUGAUGAGUUGACCUGGCCCAAACCAAAUAUUAUCAGCAGCACUCCCAAAGAAAAAGGAAGUGUGGAGCUUCCUGACCCACCAAGAAGCCGCAACAAAGCCACUGUCAACAAACCAAUCCCUAGGAAAGAACCAAGGCCUAACAUCCCAUUGGCCUCAGAGAAGAAGAAAUAUAGAGGGCCUGGGAAAAUCGUACCAAAGUCCCGGGAAUUCAUUGAAACAGAUUCAUCUACAUCUGAUUCCAACACAGAUCAGGAAGAAACCCUGCAGAUCAAAGUCCUGCCACCUUGCACUGCUACUGGGGGCAAUUUUGUCAAAUCCAAGGAAACCUGUGAUGUUAGCCUGAACCUCAGCACCCUAAUCAGCAGCAGCAAUGAUAACAAUUUAUCCAUCAAUAAUGAGGAGCCAACUUUUUCACCUAUCCUUGUAAUGCAAACUGAGGUUCUAUCUCCUCUAAGAGAGCAGGAAAAUCCAAAAAAUCUCUGGGUAAAGAUUGACCUUGACUUACUAUCUAGAGUACCUGGCCACAACUCACUCCAAGCAGCAUCAGCCAAGCCAGACUACAAAGAGGCUUCCGCAAAACCCAGGCGUCAGAUUGCAGCUGCAGCUGUGGAAAAACCCACACUUAAGGGCAAGAGGAAGCACAAGCCAACAGAAGUUGCAGAAAAAAUCCCAGAGAAGAAGCAACGCCUGGAGGAGGCCACCACUAUCUCCCUGCUACCCCCUUGCAUCUCACCAGCCCCACCCCACAAGCCUUCUUACACCAAAGAAAAUAAUUCAUCCAGGAGAGCAAAUAGAAGAAAAGAAGAAAAGCUGUUUCCUCCUUCACUUUCCCCACUGCCAGAGGAUCUUCCACGCCGCAGAAACAUUAGUGGCAAUAAUGGUCUCUUCAGUCAAGACAAAAACAUCCCUAUGAUUGGACAAUUCACCUCUGCCAAAGCUAAGAGGAGUGAAGGCAAAUUCUGUGCUACUUUCAAAGGGAUAUCUGUAAAUGAGGGAGACAUUCCAAAAAAGGCAACCUCUGCCACUGUAACUGUCACCAACACUGCUAUUGCCACUGCCACUGCUACUGCCAUUGUUAACACCCCCAUCAUAGCCACUGCCACUGCUACUGCCACGGCUACUACCACAAACACUACCACUACCAUUUCCACCACCACCUCUACCAUCACUACUGGCCUAAUGGGUAGCAGUCACCUGGAGAUGACGUCCUGGGAAGCCCUGCCCCUUCUUUCCACCAGCACCACCAGUGUCCGGAGACCCAAACUCACUUUUGAUGACUCGGUUCACAAUGCUGAUUAUUACAUGCAAGAUGCUAAGAAGCUGAAGCACAAAGCUGAUGCACUGUGCGAGAAAUUUGGCAAAGCUGUGAAUUAUGCUGAUGCAGCCCUGUCUUUCACCGAAUGUGGAAAUGCCAUGGAGCGUGACCCUUUAGAAGCAAAGUCUCCAUAUACCAUGUACUCCGAGACUGUGGAGCUCCUCAGGUAUGCAAUGAGGCUGAAGAACUUUGCAAGCCCCUUGGCUUCAGAUGGGGACAAAAAACUGGCAGUAUUAUGCUACAGAUGUUUAUCACUUCUCUACUUGCGGAUGUUUAAACUGAAGAAAGACCAUGCUAUGAAGUAUUCCAGAUCCCUGAUGGAAUAUUUUAAGCAAAAUGCUUCAAAAGUCACUCAGAUACCAUCUUCAUGGGUAGGCAAUGGAAAGAACACUCCAUCUCCAAUGUGUCUCAACAAUGUCUCUCCCAUUGAUGCAAUGGGGAAUUGUAACAAUGGCCCAGUCACCAUCCCCCAACGCAUUCACCAUAUGGCUGCCAGCCAUGUCAACAUCACUAGCAAUGUGUUACGGGGCUAUGAACACUGGGACAUGGCCGACAAACUGACAAGAGAGAAUAAAGAAUUCUUUGGAGAUCUGGACACAUUGAUGGGGCCUCUGACCCAGCACAGCAGCAUGACCAAUCUUGUCCGCUAUGUUCGCCAGGGACUGUGUUGGCUACGCAUCGAUGCCCAUUUGUUGUAG